AUGGCACAAGCUCUUGAACAACAGCUUAAUCUCGGGCCACAGCCCGAUCUGCCGCUGGCUGGGCAAGGCAACAUCAUUAUUCAGCUGCUCCAACAAAUUCAAGGCACCAUCCAGCAAGUGCAGCAGCACGAUAUCCAGCAGGUGCAUAUCCGUGCGGAGAGCGGAGCGACCGGGGUAGCCUUACUAAUACCAGGAGCGGAGCGACCGCUCAUAGGCACCUAUGUUGUGAUUGCUGGCAUUGGAAUGGAUGAAGGAAUCUACAGCUAUGUACUAGGGUGUAGCGAAAAGUGA